GCGGCCGACGGGGGCCAAGCUUCCUCUGAGGUGGCCGGCGCUGCCGCCGCGCUGUGUAGGUGCUUCGGGGUCUUCCAUCUCGCUGUCGCCCUGCCAUGGAGCUGUGGCAGGUGCCUCUGCUCUUCUCGCGACUGCCCAUGUUCCCAUUCUUCGACCUGGCGCACUAUGUGGCCUCCGUCAUGGCGCUGAAGGAGCAGCGGGGAGCUGUGGAAGUGUCAGUCCGAAGUCCAAUUGCCUGCUGGUUCAGUGCUAUGCUUCAUUGCUUUGGUGGCUCAGUUUUGUCUUCACUGAUGCUUGCAGAACCUCCAGUAGGAUUUCUGGCAAAGGGCACAAGCCUUCUACUGGCAUCUUCAGUCUGGUAUUUUGUGUUUUACUGCCCACAAGACUUGUUCUGUCGGUGCUUUGCUUUUCUGCCUCUUCGGCUUCUGGUUGCAGGAAUGAAAGAAGUGACUAGGACUUGGAAGAUAACAGGUGGCGUUGUGCACGCAGACAGUCACUUCAAAGAUGCCUGGCUUGUCAUGGUAGCUGUGGGCUGGGCCAGAGGAGCUGGUGGUGGCCUAAUUUCCAACUUUGAGCAGCUGGUGAGAGGAGUAUGGAAGCCUGAAACCAAUGAACUACUGAAGAUGUCCUACCCUGUGAAAGUAACUUUGAUAGGAGCAGUUCUUUUCACCCUGCAACACAGCCAGUACUUGCCAAUAGCAAGGCACAACCUCAUGUUUUUAUACACCAUCUUUCUUGUUGUCUCCAAGGUAACAAUGAUGCUGACAAGAUCUGCAGCUUCUCCAUUUGCUCCCCUUGAGGCUGCAUUAGGUCAUAUGUUCUUUGGCUUGCAAAAGACACCAUCCAAAAUGAAGGGUGAAGGUGCUGCAUCGUCCAAUGGCUCUUCAGUCUGUGACCGAUCUUCUGAGCAGCACCAUAACGGUGUUAAGAAAAGACAGACAAAGAAAACAGAAUAAGUGGCUUAAAAUCCUUGAUGGUCAUAACGUUUGAAGAUGUUUGUAUUUCAGAUUAGGCUGGCUGAGAAAUUUGUUUAAAAGAAAUGCAUGUGAGGAGAGGAUAGGGCUGUAUCCUACUGUGUUGGUUUUUUGCCUUUGGAACGUGUUUUGUAAGCUACUGUUCAGAUGUCUAAAUGCACGUGUUAAAACCAACAAAUUUUUAUAGUGAUUAUAAGUUUACUACGUUUUAUAUUGUUGUGGUUUAAACCAAGUCCCCCAACUCCCAGAGAGUUAGGAAGGAAAAUCCAAAGAAUGUA